AUGCCUGAUUUCAAGCCAGGCCAAAUUGUGCAGCUAAACGAUGGCCGCAGAGCUACUGUGCGCUUCGCUGGCCAGACCAACUUCCAGGUGGGCGAAUGGAUAGGGGUCGAGCUUGACGACAAGAGCGGCAAAAACGAUGGCAGUGUCCAGGGACAGCGCUAUUUUGACUGCCCAUUGGGCUAUGGCAUGUUUGUCAAACCCAUGAUGGCCACCAUCAUUGCUCAGCCCCCUGCUGCCGUGAAGCCGGGAGUCAAGAAAGUCGCCCGGCCAAGCAGCUUCAUCAACCCGGCCGCCGCCCGUGUCUCGAUUGGCAAUGAUGCCACCCUGAAUAGACGAAAAAGCCUUAAUGCCCCGAGCCCGAGCCCGGUUUCUAGAACCCGUCCUGCCACAAGCGGCAGAACGCCAGUCCUCCCUAGCCUGCGACGUCCAGACUCGGCUCGACGCCCUUCAGCAGACUCGCAAGCUGGCUAUGACAGCAACACGGGGUCACGGAGCGGCGGGACUGCCCCGAACUCACCUAACAAAAGCGAUGCCGAAAUAUUGUCGCCCCAGCCAAAGAGCCCCGUAAUGGCCAAAACAAAUAACCUGGAGAAGAUGGCUGCGGCGUCCUCAGCAGCGCAAAAGCAAACUCCUCAGCCAGGCAUGUCUCGGUCAGUCUCUGGUGGUCUUUUGAACAAAGAGAUCGAAGACUUGAAGGCAAAGCUGAAAGUUUUGGAACGAAAACGCCAGGAAGACCGCGAUAAGCUGAAACAGCUGGACAAGGUCCAAACUGAACGAGACAAGUUCUCCGACAUCAUCCAGAAACUGCAAGCAAAGUACCAACCACAACAACAAGAGUUGAUAGAACUCCGAAAGCUAUUAAAAGAAGCCGAGGCGAGAUUUGACUCUGUGGAAGCCCUUCAGGCCGAUCAUGACGCCGCUCUAGAACUGGCAACUCUUGAUCGAGAAAUGGCGGAGGAGAAUUAUGAGGUAUCAAAGGUUGAGCUAGAAGCUGUGCAGCAAAAGGUGGAAGAGCUUGAACUGGAAGUUGAGAUUCUUCGCGAGGAAAACGCCGAAUAUGACAAAGGUAUGACGCCAGAGGAGAAAACAAGCGCAAACUGGUUGCAGAUGGAGCGGACGAAUGAGCGCCUUCGAGAGGCCCUAAUUCGGCUGCGAGAUAUUACUCAUGAGCAAGAAGAAGACCUCAAAGCUCAAAUCUCUGUGCUCGAGGAAGAUGUGCGCGACUUUGGCAGCACCAAAGAAGAGCAUGCAAAGACAAAAGAAAAGCUGCAGCAGUCUGAGGCAGCAGUCGAUGAUCUCCGCUCGCAACUGGACACUGCCCUUGGCGCCGAAGAUAUGAUUGAAGAUCUUACCGAACGAAACAUGAGCCUGUCAGAGCAGAUGGAAGAGCUCAAGGCUGUAAUUGAGGACCUGGAGAGCUUGAAGGAGAUCAACGAUGAACUUGAAAUAAAUCAUGUGCAAAAUGAGAAAGAGCUUCAGGAAGAGCUCGAUUUCAGAGACAGUGUCAUUGCCGAGCAAGCUCGCCGAUCCGCUCAGCAGGAAGAGAGUUUCGAGGACAUGGAAUACACCUUGUCAAGGUUCCGCGAGCUGGUCACAAACUUGCAGACAGAUUUGGACGACAUGCGAGCCUCGCAGGCUGUCACGGAGGGCGAAUCGGAGAAACUCAAUGACCGAUCACGCGCCAUGAUGGAUCUUAACAUGAAACUGCAGAUCUCAGCUGCCAAGGCCCAAGUCAAAACCAUUGAUCUCGAGAUGCGGCGCCUUGAGGCUCAAGAAGCAGAACAACAUCUCGAGAUUGUCAAGCUUUUCCUCCCCGAAACGUAUAAGGAAGAGCAAGACUCGGUUCUGGCGCUUCUCCGCUUCCGCAGACUUGCUUUCAAGUCUAAUCUACUUGGUGGGUUUAUCAAAGAGAAGCUCAACGGACAACCACAGCCAGGCCAUGAGGACGAUCUGUUUGCUGGCUGUGAUGCGGUAGAUAAACUGACCUGGGUUGCGACAAUGUGCGACCGAUUCUUCAACGACAUGAGCCACUGCUCCUUGGCGCAGUUUUCUAAAUACCGAAAUGCUUUGCUCGAGGUGGAGCCAGUUGAGCGUGCCCUCAACGGCUGGAUCGACAGCCUUCGCAGGGACGAAUUGAAGGAGAAGCAAUGUGCUGAAGCAUUGCAGCGAACUAUCGCGUUGAUGUCCCAUCUAGGCGAAGUCCAUCUCGCUGAUGAUGCAUCCGGACAAGCUGACGAGUCUCACAUGAAGGCUGUUGUUGUUCAGAGCCAUUUGGAAUCUGCGGCCACGUCGUUCAAUGCCUCGCGUAUCAUGGUUGAGCGGGCCAUCUCUGUAGAGAGUGCCGAUGAAGAGAUGACGCAACUACUCGCCAAGAAAUUCGAGACUGUCAUCACACAGACCCGAAGCACCAAGGUUAUUGCCGGCAAAGCCGUUCGCGCUUUGGAAGACCUAAAGACAAGAUCGCUCUCUCUCGCGCCAGAGAGCCGUGAUUUGUUUGAAUCAUGCCGAACCGCCAGUGAAGGCAUCGCAAUUUUGUCUCGCAAGAUUGGCACCUCUCUCCAUACGCUCUUCACGCAAGAUGAGGGACGCACCGAUCCAUUCACACAUUCCGACGUGCAGAAUGCUAUUCACGCCGCUGUACUGGAGAUCACAUCUUUCAGCGAAUCCGACAUGUUCUCCCAAUAUCUUUCGCAAUUGCGCAAUCUCCAGGCACUGGUGUCAGACGCCGUUGGUUUAGCUACAGAUCUCAGCCAGACCCGCGAGUUCGACGUCAGCCCUGCGCCGUGGAAGCUGCGUUCACAGGAGCUCAAAGCGCUCAAGGCUGUGCCUGUUGAUGCCGAGGAAGAGCUCAGACGGCUCAAAGAAGAACACAGCGAAGCCCGCCGAACUAUUGCUCAACGCGAUGAGCAUCUCGGAACAGCCGCUCUCAAGAUUGAGACCCUGGAAUCCCGCAUGCGUGACGCGCAGGCCAACGUUGAACGCAUUAACGCUCUGCGGCGGGACCUAGAAGCCUCUACCGAACAGGCUACCGGUCUCAAGGAUGAUAUUGAGAAGCAAGACCGAGAGCUGAAGAUGCUCGAAUCGGAGCGCGACAAGUGGAAGAAAGUUGCAAGCGACAGCCGCGCUUACGCAAAUGGUACUGAUGCUGCUGGUAACAAGGCCGGGCAGGAGCGUGCCGUGGCUACAGCUCGUGAGAUGGACGCGCUCAAGAACGACAUUGACAGUUUACAAUCUGCAGUGCGGUACUUGCGCGAGGACAACCGUCGGGCUCGACUCACGGAGCAACAAAACUACGACUGGCUCGCCGAGCCGCUCAAGAAGCCCAUUAGUACUUCCGAGCAACGUAAGGCUCUGGUUAUUGCUGAGGGCAAGGACGUGCUGAGUGAACUCGUUAAGAUGACGUCGUCGGCUAGUGUAUUCAACUAUGGCUCGAUCCCGAAGGACAGACUCGCAUGGCGGUCAUCCAAGACGACGCCACAGUACCAUGCAGCAAGGCAGAACGAGGACUUUGCCGCUUGGAAAUCGUGGCAAGACUCAGUGGUGAGGAAGAGCGAGUCACUUCUGCUGCCCACCGUCCGCGCCAACGCUGAUGGCGCUCGUUCUAAACCAGCUGCACGACUGCAAAUUCGUCUCCCUGGACCGGAUGGUAAACUGUUGAAGUCUGGCACUCGAAGCAGGGUGCAGAUUGUGGGAUCACGAGAGUGGGAUGCGUUGCAAAGCGCGAGAGUCGCGGCUGUAUAA